AUGGCAGCGCCCCACGUGGACUUCCGCGCGCUGUACCAGAGCUCUCUCCAGCUCACGACCGCGUCGCCCGAAGCGCUCGGACUCCCGCGCCUCGAGAAGCGCCUGGCGCAGCUCGACGACGCGUCGCGGCCAGCGGCCGUUGCACCGAACCCGAGCCGCAAGCGCCCAGCAACGGCCACAGGCAGCGACAAGGCGCACUUCCUCUUGGCCGCUAAAGGCAUUGACGCCGAGAAGCUGCGCCAGGCGCUCGAGCACUUUGGACGGGCGGCGCCCGAGCGCGCGCCCGAGACGCUGCUGGGCGAGACGGACCUCGAGGGCUAUUUGGCGCACCACCACGAGAUGAUUGUGCUCACGGCCGUUGAAGAAGGCACGCGACGCACGGCCGAAGCAGUGCACGACCGCAUGAACCGCGCGCUGAUUGACGACUUUGAGCGCGACAAGCAGCAGCUGCUCGAGCAGUUGGGCAGCAGCGGCUCGAAGCAACUCGGGGUCGGCCAUUACCCGCGGGUCGCAGCCGAAAACGACGCCCAGAGCGUCUUUAUGACGGCUGCCAACCGGGAGAAGCACCAGAUGCUGGCCGCGGGAUCCGGGCUCGGGCUCGCGGGCGGGUCGUUUGCGGGCCAGCCGCACUUUGAGACGUCGACGGCGUCGUCGUCGCUGCUGCUGCACUUGUCGCAGCGGCACGUGGACAAUGCUAUGACGGAAGAGAUGCAGCAGUACUACGCGGUCAUUAAGGCACUCAACAGCAGCCGCGUGCCGCAUACGCGCAGCCAGUUGGACGUCGCUCGGCGCUUUGAGCGCGUGUGUGCGGCCAAUGUGUCCGUGUCAACGACUGGAUCGAAGUGGAAAGCGGUGCUCAAGUGCUGGCAGCUCGUGAACAAUAUGGUGGCGGGUGGAGAUGCCACCGCGGCGAACGCGCCGAAUGUAUUGGAGCGUGCGUUUGCUGCCACGCGCGACGCAGCGCAGCGCACGGUACUGCAGCACCGCUUUGUGUUUGGCGCACGCGUGUUCCUCGAGCAGCAGUUUCGUGUGUUUGUGCAGGAGGCGGUGCAGAAGAACGGCGUUGCCACGGGUGGGAUCCCAGACUUGGUCUCGACCAUUCGCGCGUUCAUCAAGCACUUGCACAGCUCGCGCUAUGCUACCAACGGCAGUGGCAGUACCACCGACGUGGACAACAUAUGGGCCAUUGUGUACUAUUGCCUUCGGUGCGGCGGCGACCAGGAGGCUGUUGCUGUCGCGGACAGCGUUGCAAGUGGUGACGACUCUCCUAUUGACGCAGACAUCAUCUGUGCUCUGCGGUAUCGUGCCGACCAGAAGCGCUUGUAUGCGGACCGAAACGCUGACUCGCUCAAUGCCUUUGCACAGCAGUAUCCUGCAGAGUGCCAGCGCUUGGUGGACCGGUAUCACCGCCUGGUGAGUUCUUCAAUCGACGCAGUUUCUGUGGUGAAUCCGUUCGAGCGCUGUGUGGUCAAUCUGCUGUGUCUCGGCAACGUGAACGCCAACGAGCAGCGCAUCAUGACGACCGUGGAGGACUACUUGUGGCAGCGCCUCUGUUUCAUUCAGCGUGCAGCAGUGAGUGGAUCGACACCGGGCAGGCCGUACACGAUCACGACAUUGUCUCAGAACAUCCAGCGCUUUGGCUCGGCCUACUUUGAAAGCGGCGCACAACCUGGUGGUGGCAACUUCUCGGCCUUCCUGUACUUUGAGAUCUUGCUCAUUACACAGGAGUUUGAAAAGGCAGUCAAGUACUUGGCGUCGAAGGGGUUCCUGCUCGAAGCCGUUCACUUUGCCAUCGCGCUGAAUCACUACGGUAUGCUCGAGUGCGCGCCGUUCGCUGUGGACGAGGAGGACGAGACGACCGUCGACUUGGUGCGCCUGAUUCGCCAGUACAUCCACAGUUUCCAGCGUGCCAAUGCUGCGGAGGCUGCAGACUACGUCGCUUGCGUUCCGGACUUGGCAGCAAAGAAGGAGCUCCUCGCAGAGCUGCUGCUUGACACGCGCAAGUUCGACGUGCUGGCUGGGUUUACGAACCACGCAGACGGCUCGCGCACUCGUGGACUGUACGACCAGCUCCUCAAGGACGAACCCGAAGACGAGGUCAAGGAGCUUAUUCUCGCUGCUGCCCGCAAAGCGGAAGCUCGUGGCCGUCUGCACGACGCGUUCACGCUGCUAAAGGCUGCUGGGGACAUUGAAGGCGCUAUCGUGUUGCUCAAUUCACAAUUGAGCUCGACGUUGUCGGCCACGCGACCAGAGCGUGAGGAGUGGUUCCGUGAGGCAAAGGAGUUUUCCGAGCUGUGGAUGCGCUCGCCGUGGGUCCAGACCAUUGCGAACCGCCAUGCGCGCACGGUCGCCAUUGCCUUCCAGACGCUCUUGAACAUGAGCAUUUUCCUCGAGGUGUUUGAGAAGCAGCGGUACGAAGACGCCAUUGCGUUUGUCGACGAACUGGGAGUGGUGCCGACGCAGAACUCGGACAACCUCAGUCUGUGUGUGGACCGCUUCCUCGCCUUUGACGAGAGCGUGCGGCAGAACUUUCACAUCCUGCUCAUGGGGUACAUGGAGUGCCUCGUGCGCGAUGCAGACCGACUCAAGGCGCAGCUCUCCGGUGAAGUGCGACGCGUUGGUAUCGCUGCUCUGCGGGGUAAGGCCGAGCUCGUCGUCACGUUUGCAGGCAUGAUCAAGUACCGCCUCCCGACCGGCAUCAACGAGCGGCUCAACCGCAUGGAGUCCAUGAUCUACUAG